AUGGGUGUGCAAGGUCUUUUGCCACUUCUUAAGAGCGUCACGGAUCAAGUGCAUGUGUCCAAGUAUGCAGGAAAGACUGUGGGUGUAGACGCUUCUGGAUGGCUUUAUAAAGGCGCUUAUAGCUGCCCCAUAGACCUCGUUUUGGGUCGACCGACCGAUGCGUACUUAAACUUUAGUCUUCAACAAAUAAAACAGCUACAAGAACACAAUAUUACGCCCGUCUUCGUGUUUGAUGGUGCUCCAUUGCCAGCAAAGGCACAAGAGAAUGCUGCUCGUAGCAGAUCUCGUGCAGACUGGAAACUGAAGGCAAAAAAACUGUUACAAGAGAGACAAGAAGAGCAAGAUGGUCGUGCUGUUUUUUUAGCUUGUACAAGAGCUCUCUCAGUGACCAACGAGAUGGUCAUGAGACUCAUUGCCGUCUUGCGACGGAUGAACAUUACUUUUUACGUCGCGCCCUACGAGGCCGAUGCUCAGUUGGCAUUUCUAUCAAGACACAAACUUGUGGAUGUGGUGAUCUCGGAUGACUCGGACUGUGUGCCAUAUGGAGUUAAAACGGUGCUAUUUAAGUUGGAUUUGAAUGGAUGGUGCAGUGAACUCAAGAGAAGAAGUCUUGGUGCUAAUGAAGAGCUGUCAUUUGUUGGAUGGACAGAAGAAAUGUUUAUUCAAUUGUGCGUGCUUGCUGGUUGUGACUAUUGUCCGUCCGUCCGUGGCAUCGGUAUUAUUACAGCCUUCAAGCUCGUGAAUCAAUACAAGACACCGAAGGAGGUCCUGGAGGCAUUGCAACACCAAAAAGAGUCCUUGUUGCCUAAAGAUUUUGCAAAGCAUUUCUACUCGGCGAUUCUCACUUAUCGACACCAACUUGUGUUCGAUCCUCGUGAUUCGAAGCUAAAAAUGCUGUGUCCUCUUGACAUUUCGAAAGACAUCCUGCAGCGAGUAGACAAAGGGCUUGGUUUUCUCGGCAACGUGGAACUCCGAGACGGCGUUGUUGCGUCAAUCGCAUCGGGCCACAUUCAUCCAGUCACACACGAAAGCUAUGUGUGGAAGGAUACCGCCGCUGCCGUUUUGCUCGAAACAGAGGUCGUUGCAAAUCAUAAGCGAAGCAGGACGCGGUCAUCGACUUCCUCCGAAAGCAGUGGAAUAAUCCUGCCUCGCCGGUACCAAAAGGAGGCAGCGAUCGCUACUAGCCCCAACACGCCAGAUGACUUAUCGCAAGAAGAACCCAUUACCGCCCGAGCCUCGCACAGAUCGCGAGUGGUGGCAUCACGCGUCCGAUACGAAAAGCCACGGCCAUCAUCGCGAUCAUCCUGGACGCACCUCGAUAGCGUCUUAGGCUCCUCCGACCAUAUUGUAAACUUUCGAAGCCCGAAGGUGAGCGAGAAUUUUAAGCCGCUUGCCGCACUAUACGAGCGUCCUACAUCGAUGCGCAAUUCCAGUGUUACCACGCAAAAUCUCAAGGGGUUUGAAAGCCGUCCAGUGCGCGAUCACGUGAAGCGCGUCAGAAACCCGUCCAACCGUAGACGAGAUGGCAAAGGCAGUGGCUUCGAGGGCGAGGUGCUGUGCAGAGUCGACCAGGUUCACACAUCUAGUCUUGGAAGCAGCACUGACGUCCGGCAAAGCACACUAGCGGGCACAUGCGGCUCAGAUCGCAUGACCGAUGAGGAGAAUGCCCCGCCACAGCAAGCGAAGCGGCCUAAAGUAUUUGGACGUCCUUCAUCACCGUCUUCGCCGCUAUCAUCGCACAAAUCAGAAACCAGCAGCCAAAUGCUGCUCGUUCGCCCUACACCAUUUGAAUGCGGCCAAAGACCUCCGAUCUGCCCCACCGCCAGCGCCGGGUUUAACUGGAAACUGCCACAGCAUCACUCACAACAGCCGCGUAGUCCACCACCAGCUGCUACAAAACCAGCAUCUAACUGCGCCUAUGCCAUGACAGCUGAGGAGAAAUGGGACCGUAUCCUGGGCGACGAAAUCGAUGACGACACCAACAGUAGCGGCAGUCGAGUAGAAGACAACGAAGUUAGCAGUCCUCUUGCUAGCUUCGCUGCGUCCAGCAGAAAUUGUCCCCUAGCUACGAUGAACGAAGUUAGCCGAAGUUAG